GGAGGGUCGCCAGCCCUUCUGGCCGCGGGCUGCUCCGCCCCGUCGGUUGGUCGGCUUCUGUCCGUCGGUGCGUCCGGGCCUCCGGCUUCGCCCUCGCCAUGGCGCCCUGGCUGCUGCUGCUGUCGCUGCUGGGGUCGCUCCUGGGCGCCUCUCCCGCCCCGCCCCAGCGAGCAGCCGACGCUCGGGCCCGGGAGGCGGCGUACGCGGAGCUCCUGGGGCCCGCCCGCUUCGCGCUGGAGAUGUACAACCGCGGCCGGGCUGCCGGGACGCGGGCGGCGCUGGGCGCCGUGCGCGGUCGCGUCCGCCGGGCGGGCCAGGGGUCGCUGUACUCCCUGAAGGCGACCUUGGACGAGCCUCCCUGCAACGACCCCACGGUGUGUCAGCUCCCUGUGUCCAAGAAAACCCUGCUCUGCAGCUUUGAAGUCCUGGAUGAGCUCGGAAAACACAUGCUGCUGAGGCGGGACUGUGGCCCAGUGGAUACCAAGGUUACAGAUGACAGAAAUGAGACUUUAAGUUCACUCCUUCCACUGCUGAACAAGGACCCCCUACCCCAGGAAUUUUCUGUGAAGAUGGCUUCAAUCUUUAAGGACUUUGUUACCACCUAUAAUCGGACAUAUGGGACAGAGGAGGAAGCCCGGUGGCGCAUGUCCGUCUUUUCCAACAACAUGAUCCGAGCGCAGAAGAUCCAGGCACUGGACCACGGCACAGCUCAGUAUGGGAUCACCAAGUUCAGUGACCUUACAGAGGAGGAGUUCCGCACCAUCUAUCUGAAUCCUCUCCUGAAAGAGAACCUCGGCAAGAAGAUGCGUUUAGCCAAAUUCAUUGGUGACCAUGCCCCACCUGAGUGGGACUGGAGGACCAAGGGGGCUGUCACCAAAGUCAAGGACCAGGGCAUGUGUGGCUCCUGCUGGGCCUUCUCCGUCACUGGCAACGUGGAGGGCCAGUGGUUCCUGAAACAGGGGGACCUGCUCUCCCUCUCAGAGCAGGAGCUCUUGGACUGUGACAAGGUGGACAAGGCCUGCCUGGGUGGCUUGCCCUCCAACGCCUACCUGGCCAUCAAGAAUCUGGGAGGGCUGGAGACAGAGGAUGACUACAGCUACCACGGCCACAUGCAGACCUGCAGUUUCUCCGAAAAGAAGGCCAAGGUCUACAUCAACGACUCAGUAGAGCUGAGCCAGAAUGAGCAGAAGCUGGCGGCCUGGCUGGCCGAGAAGGGCCCCAUCUCCGUUGCCAUCAAUGCCUUUGGCAUGCAGUUCUACCGCCGCGGGAUCUCCCACCCACUGAGGCCCCUCUGCAGCCCCUGGCUCAUCGACCAUGCCGUGCUGCUCGUGGGCUAUGGCAACCGGUUACUACUACUUGUAUCGUGGGUCCGGGGCCUGUGGCGUGAACGCCAUGGCCAGCUCGGCUGUGGUGAACUGAGGAGCGUCAGCGCAGGACCUGGUGCUAACCAGAGCAGCCCCUUCCUCAGCCUGACCUGCGUGUCCAGGCCCCUCCCCAGGAGGCACAGCUGGCUGAGGGACAGGCACCAGGUUACCUCAGGGUGAGAAGGCACUGGGCUAGGGCAAAACCCCAACCCCCUCCCCCCCCCGGAAGUUCCCCAGCUGUACCCUUGUAGACCUGUGGUCACUAGGAACCUCUUGGGAUGAGGGAUGAUGCCCCCGCAGCGGAUACUGGGGCAAGAACCUUGGGCCUGGGUCAGGAGCGGGUGGCAAGAAAGUAUUCUGGUCUCAAACCCAGCUCUGUCUUCAGCUGGCUCUGGCUUCCUGUCCUGGCUUUCCUCUGUCGGAUGCUAUAAAUUUUCUGGUCCCCCCGGAUUUAGGGACAGUGUUUCCUUCCACAUCUAGAGAAACUAUUGUAACUGCCUUUUUCUAACAGCAAUAAAGAGGUGUCCUAGGCCCCAG